AUGUCUGAACUCCGCCGAAAGCUCGUUAUCGUAGGAGAUGGUGCUUGUGGUAAGACGUGUCUCCUUAUCGUCUUCUCCAAGGGCACCUUCCCCGAAGUCUACGUGCCCACCGUCUUCGAGAACUACGUUGCCGACGUCGAGGUGGAUGGUCGCCAUGUAGAGCUUGCGCUUUGGGAUACCGCAGGUCAGGAGGACUACGACCGACUGCGCCCCCUUUCGUACCCGGACUCGCACGUCAUCCUCAUCUGCUUCGCCGUCGACUCGCCCGACUCGCUGGACAACGUGCAGGAAAAGUGGAUCUCGGAAGUGCUGCAUUUCUGCCAGAACCUGCCCAUCAUCCUCGUCGGCUGCAAGAAGGAUCUGCGACACGACCCCAAGAUUGUCGACGAGCUGCGAAAGACGAGCCAGCGCCCCGUUUCUGCCGAGGAGGGUAUGGCGGUUGCCCAGAAGAUCGGCGCCGUCCGUUACCUCGAGUGCUCGGCCAAGACCGGCGAGGGUGUUCGCGAGGUGUUUGAGCACGCUACCCGUGCGGCGCUCGUUCAAAGGAGCCGUGGUUCCAAGAGGAAAGGGUGCACUGUCCUCUAA